AUGAGUCUAAUAACAACUAUUAAUGGGUUACCAUACCACCAAUUUGACAUCAAUAAUCAAGAUGAAUUCAAACAAAUAUCUAAUUUGAUUUCCCUACAUUUAUCAGAACCUUAUUCUAUAUAUGUAUAUUGGUAUUUCUUAAACAAUUGGCCACAAUAUUGUUAUACUGUUAAAGAACCUGAAACUAAGAAAGUAAUCGGGGUUAUUAUAUCUAAAAUUGAACCUCAUAGAAAUGUUCGAAUGAGAGGAUAUAUUGGUAUGCUCGUGAUAGAUCCAAAGUAUCGCAAACAAAGAUUAGCUUCAAAUUUGGUCAAAUUAACAAUUGAAAAUAUGAAAUCUAUAGAUAAAGUUGACGAAAUAAUGUUGGAAACUGAGGUGAUUAACCAAGGAGCAUUGAAUUUAUAUGAAAGUUUUGGAUUCUUGAGAACUAAAAGAUUAUAUCGCUAUUAUUUGAACACUCACGAUGCUUAUAGAUUGAUUUUACCAUUAGGGGAGAAAUCGCGAACAAGAAUUGCCUUCUUGCCACCGCUUGAAUAA